UCUAAAAUGAUCCUAACAAGCUUCCCCCAUCACCUUCAUUUGUUGUCUAAACCCAUGCCCUUUUCACAUUGCUCAAUAUCAUCCUCCUCACAUCAAUGUCCCUCAUUGACAAUCCUAUGUAUAAGCUUCAAAGAUUACAGGCCUUUGGUUGUUUUCUUUUAUUCUCUUCUCUCUUCUCUUUGUUACCAACAUCCACCACCUUUGCAUUAACCGAUGCGGAAGCGGCCUACAUUGCUCGCCGCCAGCUUAAGACUCUUCCUCCUAACGAUGAACUCCCUCCGGAAGUCGAAUAUGAGGUUAAAGUAUCUUUAACGUUUUCCAACCAGAGGCUGAAGAAAGCAUACAUCGGCCUUCAGGCUUUGAAAAAGGCUAUAUACUCCGAUCCUAUGAACAAGACUGGCGAUUGGGUAGGCUCCAAUGUGUGCAAUUACACUGGCGUGUUUUGUUCCGAGGCGUUGGAUGACAAGAGCUUAACUGUGGUUUCCGGGGUUGAUCUUAAUCAUGCUGACAUUGCAGCACACUUUCCAGCUGAGAUGGGGUACAUGACCGAUCUCGCGUUGAUCCAUAUAAAUUCCAAUAGGUUCUGUGGGAUUGUACCUAAAACGAUGUCUAGACUAAAGUUGAUGUAUGAAUUUGAUAUCAGCAAUAAUCGUUUUGUCGGUCCUUUCCCUGAAGUUGCCCUUUCAUGGCCUACCAUUAGGUUCCUUGAUCUAAGGUACAACAACUUCGAAGGUAUCAUACCGCCCGAACUCUUCGAAAAGAACUUGGAUGCCUUGUUUUUGAACAACAAUAGGUUCCAAUCCACCAUCCCCGAAGCGAUCGGUAAAUCAACCGUUUCCAUCGUGACGUUCGCCAAUAACAAAUUCGAAGGAUGUAUUCCACACAGCAUCGGUAAGAUGUCUAAUUUGAACGAGAUUAUCUUUAUGAACAACAACCUCGUCGGUUGUUUCCCAGAGGAAGUCGGGAUGCUUACCAACGUAACGAUAUUCGACGCUAGCUCGAACGCAUUCACGGGUUCUUUGCCGGAAAGUCUUACCGGUAUGAAAAGCAUCGAAUCCUUAGAUCUUUCACACAACAAGCUAACCGGAACGGUGCCGGAAAAUGUUUGUAAGUUGCCGAAGUUGUCUAAUUUCACAUUUUCUCGCAACUAUUUCCAAAAUGAGCCUAAUGCUUGUCAAGUACCUUCCAAGAAAGACAUUGUGUUUGAUGACACCUAUAAUUGUUUGCCUGGUCGGCCAAAACAAAGAUCAAAUAAAGAAUGCCAACCUGUAAUAAGCCAACUUGUUGAUUGUAGUAAGGAUAAGUGUGCCGGCGGCGGGGCUAGGUCACCACACAAGCCAAAACAUAAACCAAAGCCAAACCCGGAACCUCAACCGCCUAAGCAACCACACCCGCCAACUCCGGUACAACAUCAUCAUCCACCAUCACCGCCUAAAGAAUCUCCGAAGACUCCUAUUGAACAAGAAGGUAAAGAAGAAGUAUCCCCACUCGAGCGUUCUAGGCCACCAGCACCACCAAUUCACCCUCCACCCGUCUCCUCACCACCACCUGUCCAUUCUUCACCUCCACCGGUUAAGCCACCACCAGCACCGGUUUACUCCCCUCCACCACCUGUCCAUUCUCCACCACCACCGCUUAAGUCACCGCCACCAAGACCUACCGAGGGAAUUCACCUCCCGCCAAACUUGGGAUUCCAAUAUUCAUCACCUCCUCCACCCAUGUUCCCAGGCUACUAAAUAGUAUUAUAAAACCUUUUUAUUUUGUAUAAAAGGGGUAACAAAUCAUGUUGUUAAAUCCCAAUAUCUUACCGUUGGGAUUAUAUUUUGUUUUAGAGAUUGAAUCUCCUAGGUUAAAAUUUAUUAUUAUUCCCUAUGAAAAUUUUAGAUUUAAUUUUUAUAUAUUUUAAUUUGAUCAAUUUAACCUUUAUAUUCUUCGAAUUUGUCAAUUUUAGCCUUAACUCAAACAAUAGCAAUAAAAUCUGUUUGUU